UACCGCGCAGACGGCACAGUUGUCCAUUUUAUCAUUACAGCUUUUUUUGUCAAAACGUUGCUAGUACGAUGCACGGGAUCAUCUGUGUUAUUUUGAUUUCAGGUGUUGUGAGCAUUGUGUCUGCUCAGUGUACUGUACCCGUUCGAGUUACUGGACAACGUGUGGAUGUAACCAAAGCACUUGGAGUUUGGCACGAAUAUCGCCACUAUGAUUUCACCCCAACCGGACCAUAUGACAUAACCCAGGACCCCACCAGCUACAAUCUGCUGAUGAACGCAACCAAUAUCGGGGGGAAUCCGGCGCCCGUUGGCAACGGGGGUGACAGGACGUACGCUGUCACCUGGAUGUACAACGGUCAGCAGCCAGGAGCGGCGGCUUCCGACCCAUUAUCCUGCGUGGCCAUCUGGCAGGUGGGCAACUACAGCACCGAUGGUCGUCGAGUGGUCAAGGUACAGUUUGACAGCGUGCCACCGGACAAUGGCAUUCUGGACUUUGUUUACACCAAUCUUUAUACGGAUUAUAACCUGGUACAAGUGCUGUAUCGCUGCAACACGCCCAACGCUAACGGAGUAACCUGCGACGACCCAUACGCUUGGGUGUUGACGCGCGUAAAACCGCCACAGCUGACCACCGCGCAGAAGCAGUACAUUGAGGCUGUAGCCAACUACUACAUUCCCCCGGUGGUGUGCAACAAGUUCAAGUUCGCCGACAUGGCCCCCACGAAAUGGGAUCUGUCCAAGACGGGACCGCCGUGUAAUGUGGCCGAUAAUCAACCACCGAUGUCCACCCAGUUCCGGGCUCUUAUACCCAUUAAAUGGGCGGGCGCAUGAGCCUGUCAGAAGAAUUUGUUUCUAAAGAUGUUACG